AUGACUUGCUGUAAUGCAGGAACCCUCUGCUUCAAGCGGUUUGCAAGCCGUGGGCUGCUGGCGUCCUCUGUCUGGGUUCCAAGGCAAUGGCUUGCGAUGCUUCUCGACCAGUGUGCAAGUGCGGCUGUGGUGCUUCAUCUCAUGACCUCCCCAGAUACGGUUAUCGUGAACAUAACUGCUGUGAUCAGCGUACUAUUCUACAAGGAGUUCCUCCCGGAUCUGCACAUGAACCUGACGUGGACUGCCGUCGGUUUCGCUCUGGUCUUUCCACUGCAAACAGCCAUCAGGGAAGCUUUCAAACGAAGAGAGCAAGCGCUGAUGGCCAUCAGUGACUUCCGAGCGACAUUGUUGAAUGUUUUCUUGGCCAACCAGCUAUGGGACUGGCCCGGCGCUGACUCUUGGUAUGGCCGAGCUGAAGACAACGUGACCCGACCUCAGAGGGCGUUUCUCACGCAUGUACCCGUCUUCAGAACCAUGUCAGCAGAGGUCUUGGAUCUCCUCAUGAGAAUCAUCGAUGCCAUGCAAGUGUGUCAAGAGUUCUGCACGUGGGUGUCUGCCGAAAAGGAGUUGGUGGAGGAAGCAGAACUGAAGGGCCGGUCGACUGUGCUUGGGCUCCUCGCCCGCCUGCAUAAAGCCACGGAGGAACUGAAGGCUGCAGGCAUGCCGGCAAACGAGGCAAGCCGCAUCAAUCAGUACAACAUGUUUCUUUGUCGGGACUUUGAGAGGCUCUGGAGCUUCAAAACUUAUCGCUCUCCGGCGACCCUUAGAUCAGUGAGCCGUGUGAACAUCCAAUUGUAUCCAUUCUUCUUCGGGCUGCUGAGCGGCAAUGAAGCUCGACAGUCACAGCCUCAUGGCAUUAAUGCGGCCACGAGGCUCGCCGCAUUGAACAUGCAGUUUCUGCCAGUGCGCAAGCAGUCAGCCGUAGUUGCAGUUUUAGCAUACAAGGCUCCUGAACAGGCACUGCAAGAGGUCAUCCAGGACGAGGAGGCCAUGUGUGCAGCAGCGCAGUGUUGCAAAUUAAAGUAG